GGAAGCGAGCAGGAGAACAUAAACAAAAGAACUUUUUUUUUUUUCGCAAGUGCAAGUAAUAAUUUAUUCGAAUGGAUUUUUAUUUUCCUUUAACUAACAUAUGGAGUCAUACUUACGUCCGAUUUACGUGGUUUUUAAAUGUAGUUGUUCGUGUAAAGUGCAUCUGCCGUUAACUCGCCUGUCUCGUAAUUACACCGUUUAGGUUUCUAACAGUCCACAGCCAUGUCGAUAUUUAGCGUACAAGCGCGGAAACACACCGCUUAUUACGACAAUCUGCUGUCAACAUCAACGUCCAGGACACCCUGCCGAGAGCGAAAGAUAGCCGACACGACUCUGGGCAAAAGUGUGACCGCAUCAGGGGAGUCUGUAUGUGAAGACAGCAGGUCAUCAGAUAAAAGCCGUCCGGUGAACAGGACGUAUGUCGUCUCUGCCCUGUCAAAGAGUGGCAGCGGGCAGCAGACCCCUUACCGAGCCCGGCUCACCCUACAAAGACGGUCAAGGAGGAAGACCGGGGCCGAAACGGCUGAACAAACGAUGACAGACAGCAGCCAAAGCACCACAGCAGCUCCGGAGAAGAGACUGACUCUGCAGCGCAGGACCAGGACUCCCUCCAUGGACAAGAGCGGACGUGGACAGCCUGGUGGCCUGCAGUCAACUCCCAAAGUUCUCGGUGAACCAAACGGGAGGACACCUGGUAUAUUUAGGUCUAUGAGCUUAAGAGAAACUGCGACUCAUGUGCAAACACAAGGGAGGUUUGCGCAGAACAAAACCUCGUCCUCUUCUUCAUCUUCAAGUAGAAACACAGACGACACCCAUACCUUUAAAACGCCGACCAGAAAGACCCCGUUUGAGAGAAUCGCUGCCAAACGAGACGUGUUUGAGAGACUGGCAGGGAAAGAAGCUCCCAAGCCAGUGUUGGUCAAAUCUGCCAGUCUGGAAAGGCCCAAACCCCGAGCACAGCAAGCCGAAAACACUAAACCCUUCCCGGCUCCUCGGAUCAGCAAGACGACCUCAGGUGUGCGAAGACCUGACACGACGCUGCAGGUGAUAAAGACAAAGACCUCGAACCAAAAGCGAGACGUGACCCAGGUCAGAACAUCCGAUCCUGCUCCUCCUGAACAGAUCCUGCCCAGUACCAGUGAGGGUCUGAAGCAGCAGGACUUACUUAAAAUGGAAAACAGUGCUGUUACGGUGGCUGUGCGUGUCCGCCCCUUCAGUGCCAGGGAGAAAGCUGAGAAGUCCUCACAGGUCAUCUUCAUGAAUGGCCAGGAGACUGUGGUCCAGCAUCCAGAGUCCAGACAGAGCUACUCCUUCACCUACGACUUCUCUUUCUGCUCAGUGGAUGCCAGUGACUCCAACUUUGCCUGCCAGCAGACCGUGUAUGAGACGCUGGCCAAACCUCUGGUGAGAGAGCAUCCGGUCCACGGGCCUUAUGUCGCCGAGCUCUCAGCGAAUGUGGUGCGCUCUUACAAUGAUGUUCAGGGCUGGCUGGAGCUCGGCAAUAAGCAGAGAGCCACAGCGGCCACAGGAAUGAAUGACAAGAGCUCCAGAUCUCACUCUGUCUUCACCUUGGUCAUGACCCAGACUAAGACUGAGCUUGUGGAAGGAGAGGAACAUGACCACAGUAUCACCAGCAGGAUCAACUUGAUCGAUCUGGCAGGCAGCGAACGCUGUCACUCUGCCCAGACCAGUGGAGACCGACUCAGGGAGGGCGCCAGCAUCAACAAAUCACUGCUAACGCUCGGAAAGGUCAUCUCUGCCUUAUCAGAACAAGCGCUGACCAAGAAGAAAGUCUUCAUACCGUACAGAGACUCUGUCCUUACGUGGCUGUUGAAGGAGAGCCUCGGCGGUAACUCUAAGACGGCCAUGAUCGCUACGCUGAGCCCGGCGGGCAGCAACGUGGAGGAGAGCCUGAGCACUCUACGCUAUGCCCAGCAAGCCCGCACAAUCAUAAAUGUGGCCAAGGUCAAUGAGGACACCAAUGCCAAGCUCAUCAGAGAUCUGAAGGCAGAGGUGGAGAAGCUGCGAGCGGCCCAGAUGAGCUCCCAGGGCGUCGAACCAGAGAGAGUGAGGCUCUUUCAGCAGGAGAUCUCCACCUUGAGGAAUAAACUCUGUCAGCAAGAGAGGGAAAUGAUUGAGGCCAAUCGGGCGUGGAGGGAGAAACUUGAGCAAGCAGAAAUUCGCAAGCGUGAAGAGACCAAAGAGUUGCAGAAAGCAGGAGUGACCUUCAAAGUGGACAACCGUCUUCCCAACCUGGUGAAUCUGAACGAGGACCCUCAGCUGUCCGAGAUGCUUCUCUACAUGAUCAAAGAGGGUCGCACCACAGUGGGCAAGCUCAAGUCCAACUCCAGCCACGAUAUCCAGUUGACUGGCGCCCUGAUUGCUGACCAGCACUGUGUUAUAUCCAACAUACACGAUACUGUCAGCAUCAUUCCGAUGGAAAACGCCAAGACUUUUGUUAAUGGGAACCUCAUUUCUGAAUCCACAGUCCUACACCAUGGCGACAGGGUGAUUCUUGGAGGAGAUCACUACUUCCGCUUUAAUCACCCAGCAGAGGUGCAGUCUGGGAAGAGAGCGUCAUGCUGGACAGGCGAAGGCGACGGGCAUAAAGAUUUCGAAUUUGCUAAAAACGAGCUCCUUGCAGCUCAAAGAGCGCUGCUUGAGGCAGAAAUUGAAGAAGCCCAUCUUAAAGCAAAGCAGGAGAUGAUGCAAGGAAUCCAGAUGGCAAAAGAAGUGGCUCAGAAAGAGCUUUCUGACCAGAAGGUGCUCUAUGAAGAAAAGAUCCGAGCCUUGGAGAGAGAGCUGAAUGAGGAGAAUGAGCGGAAGCGCCAACAGGACUUGGAGCAGCAGAGGGUUGCCAGCCAGAUGGCAGAGCUCAAAACUGCCAAGCUGGAGUUGGAGCAGGAGGUGGAUGUCCAGAGGAAACGUCUCCGUAUCCACAUGGAGACCCAGGCUAUGGAAGAGCAUCGUGUGCGCCAAGCGAGGAUUGUCGAGGCCCUGGAGGCGGAAAAGAAAAAGAUCGGCAAGGAGCUGGAGGAGAUUCAGAAGAAAAGAGCUUUAAGGGAAAACCAUACGCCCCAACAUGUCUCUCCACAGUGGGAUGCCAUGAAGUUGUCCUUGAUGAUUGAGGAAGCCAAUAAAAUUAGUGCUAAACUGAAGAAACACACAGUGUUCAGCAGACAUGAGAGCUCGGAGAAUGAGAAGUGCGGUGGUGUGCUACAGGUGCGAGUUCAAAACACAAAGCUGGGAAUUGCCACUUUCUGGUGUCUGGAAAAGUUCCAAAAUAACAUUGCUGCCAUGAGGGAGCUCGAACGGGGGGAUUCCAGCUCUAAAGAUGACAAUGUGUUUUACGACCCCGAUGAUGAGUGGGAGCAAGAUAUAUCAGCCUCUUCUUCCUCCGCGGCCUCCUUUUCUCGACGAAGAAGCAGGAGUUUGCUGAAGAGCAGAAGGAUCUCAGGGCGUCUCUACGAGAUCCGGGUGCAUCCCAUUCAGAGUCUCCACAGUGGCUCCUCGCAGUCUGCUGGGUUAAUGGGUGUGACCAAAUCCCCCUCCCUCCAUUCCAGCAUCUCAGACCCUGGGAUGCCUGGCAUCUGCAAGGAGCUAGUUGACUUUGGUUGCGAAUCUGAGAUCACAUCGAUGGUGAAAGAAGCCCGAAGGAAAACUAGUCAGUGCCUGGAUACAACUUUACUUGCGCUUGGACACAUGGCGGUAGUGACGGGCAUGUCAUUGAAUGUCACGGGACUGGGCGCCCAGGCUAUGGGCAAGCCUUCAGUGGUCACGUGUCUAAUGAAGGGAACUGGUAAGGGUGUCCGUUCUCUCUUGGAGGAGAGCCUCACCAUCACGAGGGAAAUGCUGAGAGAGGCUCAACUGUCCUAUCCCAGAAGCUCAGUCCUCCAGAGCCUUAAAUCAAAGACUCUUGAUUUAGCUCGUGCUCUGGAGAGCUACAUGUACUGCCAUAUUUCGGAGAGGGAAUCGGAACCACAGGUAGAGGAAGGGGAGGAGGACGCUUUGGCUUCACUUUUGCAGAAACUGAGGACGACAUCAACCAAACUGUUCCAGCUGAACCAAGCCAUUAGACAGUUGCAUUCAUCUCUGUCUACAGCCUUACGAGGAAAAGACUUCAAAAGCUGCAGAGAUACGAUCUCCUCUUCUGCCAAGGCUGUUGACGAGCUGAUCACCGGCCUUUCCAAGGAUGGAAUUGGGGCCCCGACCCUGCAGCUUCCCUGUCUUCAGACCGUAAUGUCUGCACGAGAUGAGCUCCACUCGAUCCUGGAGUCCUUGUCCUCUCUCUGGAACCAGCAGGAGGAGGGAGAGAGCAGAAGUUCAGCUAGUUUUGAAAAGGAUACAGAAGAAGAAAGCUCAGCCAAAGAGAGAGCUGCCACUCACAGUACUGUUCGACAUCGAGUUGUGAGCAAGAUUGUGUACGCCCUCGCUCCAGGUGUGCAGUCUAACAGCGGCCCGCACUGGGUAUAGUCUUUAUUUGUCGUAUCACAUGCUGUUUUACAGACUGGUAACAGGAAAACUGCAGUAUAGCUAUCUAUAAGCCGUAUUUACACGACCAUCUGCACACCAGAGCAGUAGUUCCUCUAAUUUGUCUUACUUCUAAUGUUCUGUGAAGGCAGCUGUUGUUAAAAUAUUCAAACUGAUUUCCCUAGCUUAGUAAAAAUGUUGCUUUUCAGCACUUCACAUUUAUUUGAAUAAAAAUCAAGUGUUUUGUUAAACAUUUAAGCCACCAGAAUGUGUAUAGCGUUACGAUUAGCAGAUUAACAGCAUUAGGAGUAACUAGCUGUAAAGAUGUGCUGUGCCAGGUUUUUGCUCCUUUACUUUAUAUAUGUUUUUCAGAAGCAUUUAAUAAUUCUACUGCUGGUUUUUCUUAUUAGUUCAAACAUGCAGAUUCGAUAGUCAGCACCUCAGGUACAACAUUUUGUUAAAGGUCUUGAUUACCCACAUGUUUUCUUUCUUGCAUGAAGUUAUUUUGUCGUCAUGUUUGGAUCAAUAUUGCUUUUGUACAUUGAAUAACUCGUACUGUAAAAUUUGCACUCAGGAGAGACUUGUAUAUUUGGGGUUUCUUCUCAAUACACAUACUUUAACAGGGCACAGUUUUUAAUCUUGUUGGUUGUUUUUGGUUUUUUAUUUAGUGCUUUAUAUGACUUGGUUGAAAAAAAAAAAAUGCUACUUGUACUUCAAAAAUAUGUGCACAUGGUUUGAUUUUGCAAAGAUCCAAACCUUUUAUCUUGAUGGAUGCUGUUCAAUAAACCAUGGAGCUGUGGUUAAGACUGCACUCAUAAUAAAAUAAGACUUUGUUGAAUUAAAAUCAGACCUAGUUCUAUUCUUCUGCUGGUCUAACAGCACAGGUAUACACAGAUGCUAAAAACUAGUCUUGCCCAGCAUCAUUGCUCCAGUUCAACAUCCAAAUCUGCGUGAGGUUAAUAUUCUUUUUUUAUCCAUGUUUAAACUGAAAUAUCAUUAUGCAACAUUAUGCCUUUGGACUACUUUUCUAAGGGUAAUCAUCAUACUAUAAAGAUUUUAUGUAUGCGUGUUCCUUAUUUCCUCCUGGAUGAAAAGAGUGAUCUUGAUAAAACUUUGCAUAAAAGAUUAAAUAUGUAAAUCACAUAUCAAAUUUUAUACAAAUUCCACAGUCAUAUUUGUACAUUUGACAGGUCAGCUGAGUAUAGAAUAACAUGUCAGAUUAGAAUGUGGUGUUAUAAUUUAAACAUAAACAUAUUUGCAUGUUCCAUAGCCCAGUGAGGAGAGAGGCCAGGGUUAAAAAAGCUAUAAAAACACUGCUUGAAUAAAUAUGAAUAUAUGAAGUUGAUGAUUGUUCAAAUGAAAGAGAACAUUUUAAUCAAUUUCUUGUUUGCUCCUAAACCUAUGACAUGACUAUACAGAGAAAAGCUUGACAGGGUGUAUAAGGAAAAAAUAAACAAA